AUGUUUGUCGUCGAAAUCGGUCAAUGGGAAUGCUUCGAUGAGGAAAAUGAGGAUUCCGAUUUUCGACCUCAUUGUCUACUCUUAUUCCUCUACAGUAUCUACUCCAACUUUUCUUUGGAAUCUAACUCGCUUGAAAGUUUUGUUGGUCCUCUGGAUGAGCAAAGGGUUCUGUACUUGGCGCUGACGAAAAUUAAGCGCAAAACUGAAUUAUUCCCUGAAGAACUAAGUUUACUUUGGAUUGAGAUAUGCAAGGAGAGAUUAUUCACCCCCCGAAACAACCACUGUGAGCUUGUUCAAGCUGUUGAGAAUGUACUCACCACUUGUAAUGUCAUCGAUCGAAUUCACUUGCUGAAGGCCAUAAAAGCAGAAUACGAAAUAAACUCUCAGCUAAUGGAGACCUUGCAUUCCACCGAAUACCUCGUUGUUACAAGUCAUCUCUCCUGGUUUGAGUCUUUGGUAGUGUCACUCCUGGUUGAGAUUGGUGUAUCUCAUCUACGAUUCAUUGAUACUCCCGAUUUAAAGCCGUUUCACUCGCUACAACUCUGUUCAACCUCGUCGGAACGCUACACCGAGAUCGGACCUAUAUUUCGUGCCCUCCUGGCAUACUUAGCGGUUGGGGUGAAUAUCAGGAACACUAUUGAUUUGGCUUUCAUUAUCAACAAACCCUUCCGCGGUUUUAGCCAAUGCUUCUUUGCUACUCUCCGACAUGUUGCAGAAAGCUCGUCUAUUCUUCCUGGACAGCUGGUACUUUCCUAUCCAGCAUGCAUGACGGAAUCGGCAGCAACUUCAACUCUAAGCGAGGAAAAUGCCAAACUUUUGCGGCCUUUUAGUCUCGGUUUGGCCCAUCUUGCUGAUACUAUCCGCAGUUGUCAGGACGCUUUGUCUGGCUACCUUAGUGACGAUUCUUCGCUGGCCGUUAGUAACCAGUUUGGCUGUAUGUCCACACAGUCUGCAGCCUCUGCUGUCUGUGAUUGCCUCACUGCAGCUGUAAAAGCCUUCAGCAAGCCUCUAAAGAUAUCAGGAGCCUCUUUUGGAUCGAUCUGGUCCCUUGAGACUGUCAGGGAAUGCGAGGGAAGGUUACGCAAGGAGUUGGAAUUACUUAUGGCAUCCACUCUGGUGUCUGGUACGGAGUCGCUCCUCACUUCAACUCCAAAUCGGCCGACACAUGCAGGAGGGUCGAUUCAGGGUCGGGCAGCUUUUAGACUGGCACGCCUAUUUCUCGUAUUCGAAGCGGCAGGGCAAGUGGUUGCACCUCUCCAUGAUCCAUCUUGGGGCCCACUCAAAACGCCACUUGGACAGCGAACCUUCUCCGCCUUCUUCCGGUCGCCCUCUUCCGCUGAAACCACACCUCGACCUGCAACUAGCUCAAAAAAGCCAAAGGCUAAGGCGGAUGACGCAACGUCCUGCACAAAUAAACUCGUUAGUGCUUUGAAAGAGCAUUCAGGUGCAGAUAGAUCUCGCCUUCCCGAAUUGGCGCUUGCUAAGAAGCCGAGGAUACUGUUUGGCAACGACUACAAGGAAGGAGAAGAAAGUGGCUUCUCUGGUAAUGUCUUCCAUCCUUCCAUUUCAUUGGUUCAUCAUUACUGGUUGACUGAGCCUGCAACCAUGAGGGUGGACCUGCGAACAGAAACCUUGUAA